AUUUAAUUUUGUUCAAUUUUGCCAGUUUUAAGAUACCAUAGGACGUCAGAUUUGCAGAGAUGGCGAAGAAUUUGGAAUCUUCCGAUUUUUUAUCUUCAUCUUUGACUGAAAAACGUGUGAAAAUGAAACGUCCCAUCAUGUCUGCAUCAGAAAGCAAAGAAACGGAACUUUUUUCUCUUCAUGAAAUGUUUUGUGUGGUUUCUAGCCAUUUAACACUAGAUGAUUUUGAGGUCCUUAAAGCUCUUUAUAUCGGGAGUUCUGUGAACGACGAUCGUGGAAGAAUCAACUCUCCUUCCGACCUUUUCUUCGCAAUGGAAAGAUCAGGAUUAUGCGACUCUUCGAACUUUAAAGAGAUUUUGAACUUCUUAAGAUUGAUAACAAGACAUGAUUUGAUGCCAUUUGUGACGAGAAGGAAGAGAAAACGAGCCGUUGAAGAUCCUGUAGAUAAGUACCUUGAUCAAUGUACCUCUGCAUCAGGACCUCCUCCUCCUCCUUCAUCAGACCAAACAGCAGGACACCUGUUAUCAUCAUCCUCCUCCUCAUCCUCCUCCUCAUCAUCAUCAUCAUCGCCAUCAUCAUCACCAGCGUUGGGGCCAGUGGGCUCAUCAUCAUCGUCGUCACACACAUGUAGCUGUAACCAGACACCCCAUGCAACACACUGUCCUAUGCUUCAUCAAGAAGCAGAGGCGGACCCCAACGAUUGUAACGCGCACACUAGAGCUGUUGCCACGACAACCAGGUGUCGGAGAACAGUUGGGAUUUCACCGGAAGCAAGAGGACUACCCAGGGAGAGACCCAAGCAUACAUGUGACAUUAGGCUACGGGUACGUGCUGAAUACUGCUGUCAUGAUAGCGCCCUCGUAGGUCAACUUCACUCCAAUGAACGCGAUCCACUGAUGCGACAUUUAGAGCUUUUCUCACAAGCCAGCGCUAUCUUGAAAUCACGUGACCUGGGAUCCAUAGUGUGCGACAUCAAGUUUUCAGAGUUAACGUACUUGGAUGCGUUCUGGCGAGACUACAUCAACGGUUCGCUUCUAGCGGCGCUCAAGGAUGUCUUCAUCACCGACUCGCUCCGAGCGGCCGUAGGAGACGAAGCCAUCAAACUCUUAGUCAAUGUUGAUGAAGAUGAUUAUCGAGCUGGGAGAAGCAAACUUCUUUUAAAUCUCAUAAGUUGAUGACUGACUGAGCAGAUUUGAUGAAAAAACUUUGAACUACUAAAUAAUACAGAUCUUUAAAGAAAAAAGUGAUAUUGUCACUGCAUGUGCGCUGCAUGCACUGCAGAGUUUUGAGCUAUGGACUUCUUGUAUUCAAUUCUGUACAUCUUUUAUUUGUAAAAGAAAAAUGAUGAUAUUCUAUUUUUUUAAAUUUUAUUUGUUGAUAGAAAACAUCAUCCAGGCAUUGCAUUUUGAUGAAAAUGAUGGCCUUGAAUUUGAAGUGUACCAAUCACCUGAAAAAAUGAUUUAUGGUGUGUUAGAAUGUGUAAAAUCAACCUUAACAAUUUUUACCUGGCAUUCUUUAUUAUAGAAUGCCAAAGUGAACGGUUAAGGAGUAUAAAGAAAAUAAAGCGUAAAAUAAAACCCUGCAUAUAGGGCUUGCACCCAAGAUGGACUUGGGUAGGCGGACUUGGGUUUUCAGUGCGAGUCCUAUUCUGUGUGAAUGAUUUAGCUUGCGUUAAAAAGAUAGUGGAGUUCUUGUUUAAGACCGCAAAUGUCUUCAAAGUGCAUGUUUAUUGCUCUUGCACAUUUCUAGUGCCCUUUUAGAACCUAAAAUUGCUAUGAAGGUAAUUUUA